AUGAAAAUUUAUCAUAUUUUUUUGAUUUUAGCAAUAAAUUAUAUAUAUAUUUGCAAAUAUAUUAACAAAAAUAAUCAAAAAACAUUAAAUAAAAUAAGUAGUACCCAUGAAAAGAAAUACAAUUUAAAAAUUGAAAAAAUGACGAAAAAAAAUUCCUUUAAAAUUAAAAAAGAAAAUAUUAUGAAUAGAAAAAUUUUAAACCCCCAAAUUAAUAGCUAUACAUUUUUAAAUAAUAUUAAAAUUGCUAAAAAAAAUAAAUUAGUUAAGAUUAGUGAUAAUAAUUUACUGAAAAGGAAGAUAAAAGAAGAGGAGAUAUAUACAUUUCAAGAAAAAAACAAUGAAGCAAAAAAUGUAUAUGAAUCAAAAGACUUAUACUAUGUAAUAAAAAAUUAUGAAAAAAAUUGGUAUACCUUAAAUGUUACUAAAAACGAUUUACAGUUAAUGUACUGUUUCCUGAUAGGACAGGAAUUUUGUUUUAGUGAAGUUGAAUGCAACACGUACAUUGGAUUAAUAAAUAAUAAAAUAUUUUUAUUUAAAGAAACGGAAAAUAAUAUUUUGUAUCAAUGCCUAUAUGAUAAUAAAAUUAAUUUACUUAGGAAAAGAAUUAAUAUGAAAACAUUAAACCAUUUCAAUAAUGACAGAGAUAAUAAAUAUGAAAAGGAACUGCAAGAUUUUUUUAAUUUACAAUUUCCUUUAGAAAAAAAUAUAGAAACAUGGAAAAAAAAAGAUAAAAGGAUGAAUGAAAUAUCUGAUAAAAUAAGGGGGCUAAGAAUAUUAAAAGCAGAUCCAAUUGAAUCUUUUUUCGCUUUUAUAUGUUCAACUAAUAAUAAUAUACCAAGAAUAACAUUGAUGAUUGAUUGCUUGAGAAGGCGUUAUGGAAUAUUUCUUGCUACAGUAAUUUUUCAAAAUAAUGAUAUAAUUAUAAAGACUAGAAAAGAAAUGGAAUACAAAAAUGGUAAGAUUGAAAUAAAUUCAGAUGUAAAAAAAAUAUAUUACGAAAAUAUAAAAAUAAAAAAAGAGAAUUAUGAGAAUUUAAAGAAAAAUAUGGAGACAGAGAAUGAUAAAAAUAUAAAUAAGCAUAUUACAAAUUAUAGCUAUAAAAGCAUAAAAGAAAAUGUUAAAACUGAAAAUGAUGAACAUAUAAAUAUAAACAUAAAAAAAAAUAGUUGCAAAAGUAUAAAAAAAAAUAUAGAAAUAGAAAGUGAUAAAUAUAUAAAGAAUGAUGUGCAAAGUGGGAAAGAUGAAUUUGUAUACGAUGAUAAUAAAAUAUUUUAUGAAAAUAUAAAAAAAAAAAUAAAAGAAGAAAGAAAAAUGAAAAUUUUUGACUUUUACGAAUUUCCCAAAAUCGAAAUUUUAUCUAAAUUAAAAGAAGAAGAUUUAAGAAGUUUAGGAUUUGGUUACAGAAGUAACUAUGUUAUAGAAAGUGCAAAAAUGUUAACAAAAAUGGGAAAUGAGAAAUGGAUAGAAGAUUUAAGAAAAGAAGAAAAAACUAAAAAUUGCAUAGAUAAAUUAAUGAAAUUUCCUGGUAUAGGCUUAAAAGUAGCUAACUGUAUUUGCCUUUUUGGGUUAAAUAAAUUUGAUUGUAUACCCAUAGAUACUCAUAUUUAUGAUAUUAUUUAUAAAUAUUAUAAUAACUUAAUAGAAAAUAUAGAUAAAAAUGAUUUACAUGUAAAUAAAAACACAAAAGAAAAAGCAAAUAAUAUACAAAUAAAAAAUCCACAAAUUUUAAAUAAUGUAAAUAAAAAUAAUAAAAAAAAUUGUUUACAAAAUGUAAAACAAAAAAAAAAAGCUUUAACGAAAUCAUUAUAUAUAAAAUUAUUUACAAAACUCAAAAAUAUAUUUGGCCCUAAUUGUGGAUGGGCACAAACAAUUCUUUUUGUAUCUGAAUUAAAAAAAUUUGACCAUUUAUUUGAAUGA